AAAAACAAGAACAUCUCAUCUUGGGUUGUCAAACCCGAGCUUUAUUCAUCAAGCAAGUCAACGAGAAAGGAAGGAUUCGUAAGACGAAGAAAACCCUAAUCAUCAAAAAUUAGGACAAGAAGGAACUCUGCUUCGAUUCGAUUUGUAAUCUUCGUUUUUAUCUGAUCACAUUGCCUAUUCUUGAAUAUCUUUACUGCGUGUAUAGAGUUUUUUUGCAGGGAUCUGUACUCUAACAAUGGCGAACUCCAAGGGUCCUUCAACAAUGAGAAGUAUGAUGUACACUGGAAAAAACCCUUUACUUCCCCCUAAAAGUCCAUUUCCAAGCAUUGCUCCAUCAUAUGCAGAUUAUGUCUCAAAUCCUGCUGUUGCCCCAAAAGGUCCACCAAAAUACAGAGAUGCAAAUUCACAUCAACGAACCUCAUCUGAAAGCUUUCUGAUAGAAGAACAACCUUCUUGGCUUGAUGAUCUUCUUAAUGAACCAGAAUCACCUGUAAGAAGAGGGCAUAGACGUUCAUCAAGUGACUCUUUUACAUACAUGGAAGCAGCUAAUGCUGUUUUUAACAACGAAUAUAGAGCACAAAAUGAUUACAGAUUGAGAAACUUGGGUUCUGUUCCUUCAUGGGGACCUCAAGAUUUUGAUAUUUAUAAAGAUUCACGAAAUCCUCCUUUUUAUGGGGAACAUAAUGUGUUGAUGAAAAAUAAGAAUCGGGCAUGGGAUCCUUCACAAAAUGCAUUAACACAUUCUAAUGCUUCAAGGGAGCAUGAUGGGAAUACCUCAAUAGCAAGUGAGAAGAAAGAUGCAGUUGAAUCUGUUAGACAAGAUGGAGAUAGUUCUGAAAGAAAGGAUUCUUCUAUCAACAAACCUUCUGCAUCAGAAACAGACACAAAACGUGCCAAACAGCAAUUUGCUCAACGUUCACGGGUAAGGAAGCUUCAGUACAUUGCUGAGCUGGAAAAAAAUGUACAGGCUUUACAGGCAGAGGGUUCGGAGGUGUCUGCUGAGGUGGAAUUUCUGAAUCAGCAAAGUCUUAUUCUGGGCAUGGAAAAUAAAGCACUGAAACAACGGUUGGAGAGUCUGGCUCAAGAGCAACUGAUUAAAUACAUGGAACAUGAAGUUCUUGAGAGAGAGAUUGGAAGACUGCGAGCCUUGUAUCAACACCAGCAACAACCACAGCAGGCGGUGCCGCCUCCCAACCACCGGAGAACCGCCAGCAAGGACAAACUUGAUUCCCAAUUCGCAAACCUUUCUUUGAAAAAAGACUCUGGCUCUUCUUCUACACGUGAUGUUUCGGGCCCACUUCACAUAUGAAGCCUGAAGCUUUUCUUUCCUUCAUGAAUGGCUAAAAACAAAACAAGUAUUUGCAGGUUUUUUCAUUAGCUUCUUCAUCUUCUCAAGUCUCAACCCUUUUCCUUUUGUGUAUUUGGUUUCUGUUUCUGUUAUUAUUUAAUUAUGCUAAUUUAGUGUAUUUUGGUCUCUGCACCUGGUAGUAGUCUGGGAAUAUAUUUAUAUCCCAGUUGGAGACUCACCGGAGGUGGUAACUUUAGAAUAUGAUAAAACAUUUCAUUGACUUUUAUUAUUAUUAUUAUUAUUGAACUUAGUUUUGUGCAAA